AUGGCGCAGGAUGGCGAGCCUCCAAAGUCCGUUGACAAGGGCAAGGGAAAAGCAGUAGAAGGCGAGCCAAGUAAAGCCGAGGAGGUCAAGAAGGAUAAAGAUGGAAAGCCAAUAGUAAAUGGAAAGAAGGAAGAUGGAGUAAUUGGCGCAGCAGAAGAGCUUAGUGAAGAAGACCAACAGCUCAAAAGCGAGCUGGAUAUGCUGGUGGAACGUCUGACGGAGUCAGAUAAGUCUCUCUACAAGGCCGCUCUGGAAGCAAUCAAAGAGUCUAUCAAAAACUCAACUUCGUCGAUGACCGCCGUCCCGAAACCAUUAAAAUUCCUUCGACCGCAUUACGAGCCUAUGAUCAAGCUAUAUGAGGAAUGGCCGGAGUCAGACGAUAGGACCUCGUUAGCAGAUGUUCUUUCGGUGAUUGGAAUGACGUUUUCAGAUGAAGACCGACAGGAUACCCUCAAAUUCCGCCUGCUAGCACCAACAUCAGAUAUUGGCUCAUGGGGCCAUGAAUACACACGGCAUCUUGCGCUAGAGCUUGGAGAGGUCUACACUAAGAGGUUAACAGCCGAUCAACCAUAUCAAGAUCUCAUCGAUCUUGCUCUUAUCCUAGUACCUCUAUUUCUCAAGAGCAACGCCGAAGCCGAUGCUGUGGACCUCAUGAGCGAACUUGAGAUCAUCGAGGAUCUCCCUAAAUUCCUCGACAAAGAGACAUACCCCAGAGUCUGCCUGUACAUGGUCAGCAUGGUGAACUUGUUGACAUACCCAGAAGACCAACAGUUCCUGAAAACCGCGCACGGUAUCUACAAGCACUAUGGGCAACUUACACAGGCAAUUGUUCUCGCUAUCCGAUUGAACGAUAUUGAGAUGAUCCAGGAGGAUUUCCAUUCAACGAGCGAUGUAGCUCUGAAAAAGCAAAUGGCUUUCUUGAUUGCUCGGCAACAAAUCGUCCUCGACUUUGAGCCACAAACAGAGGAGGAACAAGAGAUUGCGGAGUGUCUGAACAACACAAAACUUCCAGAGCAUUUCAAGGCGCUAGGAAAAGAAUUGAAUAUCCUCGACCCAAAGUCGACAGAAGAUAUUUACAAGAGCCAUCUCGAGAGCAACCGAGUUGCUGGGCUGACCAACCUCGAUUCGGCACGACACAAUUUAGCAGCGGCAUUCGUUAACGCUUUUGUAAAUGCUGGAUAUGGUAACGAUAAGAUGAUGAUGGUCGAGGACGAUAAAGCGAGUUGGGUAUGGAAGACAAAGGAGGAAGGCAUGAUGUCGACUGUCGCAUCUCUUGGAACGUUGCAGUUGUGGGAUGUUGAGGGUGGCCUUGACAAGAUCGAUAAAUACACAUACUCUGAUGAAGAAACCAUUCAGGCCGGUGCCAUGCUGGCGAUUGGCAUCAUGAACUCUGGAGUACGGAUGGAUUCCGACCCUGCAUUGGCGCUUCUAGGAGAUGAAGACAAGUUAAACCACAAGAGCCCUCAAGUCCGUGUUGCAGCCAUUAUGGGUCUUGGUUUGGCAUAUGCUGGCUCAAACAGAGAGUCACUGUUGGAAUUGCUCUUACCUAUCGUUGGAGAUACCAGCCAAGACAUGCAAAUGUCGGCUAUGGCCGCACUCUCGCUCGGAAUGAUCUUUGUUGGUUCGUCAAACAGUGAUGUCAGCGAGGCAAUUGUGCAGACUUUCCUCGACGAUGACCGAAAGUCACAACUUAAGGACAAAUGGACACGAUUUAUGGCUCUUGGUUUGGGUCUCUUAUACUUCGGACGACAGGAAGAUGUUGAUGUCAUCCUCGAGACUCUGAAGGCCAUUGACCAUCCAAUGUCGAAACCAACCUCUGUGCUUGCAGAGAUCUGCGCUUGGGCGGGAACUGGUACGGUCUUGAAGAUGCAAGAACUACUGCAUAUCUGCAAUGACCACAUUGAAGACACUGAUGACAAGAAGGGCGACGAGUUAUUACAAGCGUAUGCUGUUAUUGGUCUCGGUCUCGUUGCUAUGGGAGAAGACGUUGGACAAGAGAUGGUUCUUCGUCAAUUCGGCCACUUGAUGCAUUAUGGAGAGGCUAACAUCCGAAGAGCCGUGCCUUUGGCAAUGGGUCUUUUGAGUCCUAGCAACCCACAGAUGAAGGUUUAUGAUACCCUGUCAAGAUACUCUCACGACAACGAUAACGAUGUAGCGAUCAACGCCAUCUUCGCUAUGGGUCUUCUCGGUGCUGGAACCAACAAUGCAAGAUUAGCGCAGCUUCUGAGGCAGCUUGCUAGCUACUACCACAGGGAUCAGGAAUCACUCUUCAUGGUCCGUAUUGCCCAAGGUCUUCUGCACAUGGGUAAAGGUACGCUUUCGAUCAGUCCAUUCCAUACCGACCGCCAGGUUCUUUCGCGCGUCUCGGCAGCUGGUCUUCUCGCAGUCUUGGUCGCCAUGAUUGAUGCCAAGCAAUUCGUCACCGACAAGUCACAUUAUCUCCUCUACUAUCUCGUCACAGCCAUGCACCCACGUUUCCUUGUCACUCUCGAUGAGGAUCUCAAACCCCUCACAGUCAACGUACGGGUGGGUCAGGCUGUUGAUGUCGUCGGACAAGCAGGUCGACCAAAGACCAUUACAGGUUGGCAGACACAGAGUACGCCGGUGUUACUGGCAUAUGGAGAGCGAGCAGAGCUGGAGGACGAGCAGUACAUCCCAUUAACAAAUACCCUUGAAGGCUUGGUGAUCUUGAGAAAGAAUCCGGAAUGGGAUGAUGGGAAGAGUUAA